GUGGCUGGGCCAGCAGCGGCGGCGGUACAAGGCGCGCUCGGGGUCCCCGUCGCGAGGAGGAGGAGGAUGUGGUGCGCGGAGGGGAAAUGGCUGCCAAAAACAAGCCAGAAGGGAAGGACAAAUGGAGCCCCUGUCCUCAUGGAGCCCACAGUGGAGAGCCUGACCUUAAUCAGGGUGCCCCGUGAGAUCGCACCUGGAAUGCAGCAUUGUGAAGAUGAUCAUGGGAACAGCAAUAGUAGUCAUGUAAAAAUCUUUUUACCGAAAAAGCUGCUUGAAUGUCUGCUGAAAUGUUCAAGUUUACCAAAAGAGAGGCACCGAUGAAACACUAAUGAGAGAUCAUGAUGCAGCCAUCCUUUUGGAUUUCUUUUUAAUAAUGUGUGACCCUUCACCUUUGAUCCCCUGACCUGCAUUACCUUGGUAACCAUUUCAUUUUUUAAUUUAAUUUCAUUUUUUAAUUUUGGUGUA